AAGAAGCGUUGCAAGCAGUGCAGGUUUAUCAACGGCUUGGGGCAGCGAUUUACUAAACAAAUUUAAUAUUAAAAGCAACUGUGUGACAAUUCCUCCAAGCAAGAUUUUAGAAUUGAAUAUCUAAAGUCUUGUUGUGGUUGCUGAAGGGAUUGGAUAUAAGGACCUGGACUCCAACAUGAAGCAGCUAGGGAGAAUUCAUCCAAACAGGCAAGUGUUGGCCUUUAUUGUGAUGGUGUUCUUGUCUCAGGUUCGCCUCGAGCCUAUUCGUUAUUCUGUGUUGGAGGAAACAGAGAGCCGCUCCUUUGUAGCUCAUCUGACCAAGGAUCUGGGCCUGGGAAUUGGGGAACUGGCCGCCCGGUCAGCCGGGGUGGUGUCUGACGAUGACAAGCAGCGUUUGCAGCUGGAUCAUCAGACUGGAGAUUUGCUUCUGAGGGAGAAACUAGACCGGGAAGAGCUCUGUGGUCCUAUUGAACCGUGUGUACUGCAUUUCCAAGUGUUCUUGGAAAUGCCUGUGCAAUUUUUUCAAGGAGAAUUAUUGAUCCAGGACAUAAAUGAUCACUCUCCAGUAUUCCCUGAAAGGGAAGUGCUCUUGAAAAUACCAGAAAAUAGCCAGCCGGGGACUCUAUUUCCGUUGCUAAUAGCUGAGGAUUUGGAUGUGGGCAGCAAUGGUCUCCAAAAAUACACAAUCAGCCCCAAUUCUCAUUUUCACAUUCUCACUCGAAAUCAUAGUGAGGGCAAGAAAUACCCAGAUUUGGUGCAGGACAAACCACUGGAUCGAGAGGAGCAACCUGAGUUCAGCUUAACCCUCGUGGCGCUGGAUGGUGGGUCUCCACCUAGGUCUGGCACUGUCAUGGUUCGAAUCCUGAUCAUGGACAUCAAUGACAAUGCUCCUGAGUUUGUGCACACUCCAUAUGGGGUGCAGGUCCUGGAAAACAGCCCUCUAGACUCUCCAAUUGUUAGGGUCUUAGCUAGAGAUGUAGAUGCUGGAAACUUCGGGAGUGUUUCUUAUGGCUUAUUCCAAGCAUCAGAUGAAAUUAGACAAACUUUCUCAAUAAAUGAAGUCACGGGAGAAAUACUACUGAAAAAAAAAUUGGAUUUCGAAAAAAUUAAAUCUUACCAUGUAGAAAUUGAGGCCACAGAUGGAGGAGGCCUUUCUGGGAAAGGCACUGUAGUCAUAGAAGUGGUGGAUGUGAAUGACAAUCCUCCAGAACUUAUCAUAUCUUCACUCACCAGCUCCAUCCCAGAAAAUGCUCCUGAGACGGUAGUCUCUAUCUUCCGAAUUCGAGAUAGAGAUUCCGGAGAAAAUGGAAAGACGAUUUGCUCCAUUCCAGAUUAUCUGCCGUUUGUUCUAAAACCAACUUUGAAGAAUUUUUACACCCUGGUAACAGAGAGACCACUGGACAGAGAGACCAGAGCCGAGUACAACAUCACCAUUACCGUCACUGAUCUGGGGACACCCAGGCUGAAAACCCAGCAGAGCAUAACCGUGCAGGUCUCCGACGUCAAUGACAACGCCCCCACCUUCACCCAAACCUCCUAUACCCUGUUUGUCCGCGAGAACAACAGCCCCGCCCUGCACAUCGGCAGCGUCAGCGCCACAGACAGAGACUCAGGUAUCAACGCCCAAGUCACAUACUUGCUGCUGCCGCCCCAGGACCCGCACCUGCCCCUCGCCUCCUUGGUCUCCAUCAACGCGGACAACGGCCACCUGUUCGCCCUCAGGUCGCUGGACUACGAGGCCCUGCAGGCGUUCGAGUUCCGCGUGGGCGCCACAGACCGAGGCUCCCCGGCGCUGAGCAGCGAGGCGCUGGUGCGCGUGCUGGUGCUGGACGCCAACGACAACUCGCCCUUCCUAUUGCACCCGCUACAGAACGGCUCCGCGCCCUGCACCGAGCUGGUGCCCCGGGCGGCCGAGCCCGGCUACCUGGUGACCAAGGUAGUGGCGGUGGACGGCGACUCGGGCCAGAACGCCUGGCUGUCGUACCAGCUGCUCAAGGCCACUGAGCCCGGGCUGUUUGGCGUGUGGGCGCACAAUGGCGAGGUGCGCACCGCAAGACUGCUGAGCGACCGCGACGCGGCCAAACACAGGCUGGUGGUGCUGGUCAAGGACAAUGGCGAGCCUCCGCGCUCUGCCACUGCCACGCUGCACGUGCUCCUGGUGGACGGCUUCUCCCAGCCCUACCUACCACUCCCGGAGGCGGCCCCAGCCCAGGCCCAGGACGACUCGCUCACCAUCUACCUGGUGGUGGCGUUGGCCUCGGUGUCGUCGCUGUUCCUCUUGUCGGUGCUCCUGUUCGUGGCGGUGCGGCUGUGCAGGAGGAGCAGGGUGGCCUCGGUGGGUCGCUGCUUGGUGCCCGAGGGCCCCUUUCCAGGGCAUCAGGUGGGCGUGAGCGGCACCGAGACCCUGUCCCAGAGCUACCAGUACGAGGUGUGUCUGACAGGAGACUCUGGGACUGGUGAGUUCAAGUUCCUGAAGCCAAUAUUUCCUAAUCUCUUGGUUCAGGACACCGGGAGGGAAGUUAAGGAAAACCCCAACUUCAGGAAUAGCUUUGUAUUCAGUUAAGUGUUGUAUUUAGUUUAGUGAACCGUUUAUUAGUUUUGUCAAACUUCCCAUUGCAAUGCCUUUAUUUUAAAAAAUUGUCUACUUAUCUAAAUAUUCAUACCACAAUUUCAAAUCUACGCAUGUCCCUGAUAGAGCUAAAUUUGUCCCUUUUUUAUUGCUAUUAAUUGCAAUUAACAUUUUUAGUUAUACUGGAUAUUGAGCAUGGGUUUUCUCUAUAUUUGAUCUAUUGGUGGUUAAUCUUUCUGUAACCAUAAAUUAAUUAGGAUAAAAAUAAAUUAUAUUUUAGUGAAAUCCUUAAAUUAACAUCUUUUUAAUGGAACAUUUAAGUGAAUAUAUGAACUCUUGAAUUUCUCAAUAUUUGUUGUGCCUGUCUUUACCAUGUAACUUAAUGUUUGCAAGGCAAGAGUGUUUGAAAUUUUUGUAUUUAACUUUAUAAUUACCUUGUCCUUCCUGGUUGGCUAUACUAGGCUAAGCCCUCUUAAUAGCCAUGAGUAUAAAAUUUAGUAUACUCGGUUUUCACAAACUGUAUAUAAACAUGCACUUCAUUACAUUAGUAACACACUAAAAUUGUGGUCCUUUUCUUCUCGUGACCACCAUACGUCUAGUGAUUAUUUUGUUUAUUUGGUUGCUACUUACCUAGCACAUUGUAAUGAUCCAUAAAUGCUAAUAUUAAAUUUUGUAAAAAUAACUUAUUUAUAAAUAAUUAUUAAAGAGAAAAAUCUCAUAUAAUUUGCCAUAACCUUUCAAUAAAUAAAACUGUUAAAUCACGGCCUGAUAUCAUCUUAAAAAAAAAAACUUAGAAUCUGAAAUAAGCCCCAAAUUUCUCCCCAAAAUCAAGACUCUUGAGAGCAUCAUAGGUCUCCUUGUGCUCCCUUUUACUCCCUAUAAAUAGAAAUCCAAGUAUACUUUAAUAUGUAUAUAUUUUUUGGUUUUCCUACAGCUUCUCCCCAUCUUUCAAAAGAAUCAGGAAAUUUCUUCUGCACCUUGGCUAUUCUGUUUAAAUCUGGUAAUCAGUUGAUUUCAGGUUUUUCACUGUACAUUACUUUGCAGAUAUGGACAGUCUUUACAAAAAUAAUUUUUAAAUGCUUAAUUAUUUUUGUUUGUUCUUUAAUGUAAACUUCAGUUAUUUUGAAUUGAUUUAACUUCUCCAUUAUGCCAAAGUUGCAUUGCAUGAAAUAAGUAUUAUUUUGUCCUUGUAUAGACUGGAACAGUAAUAACUUUAUCUGAA